AUGGUAAUGAUGCGCUACGUGCUGUGUAUCCUCGCUCUCCUGCUCUCAUGUGCGUGUGUGCACGUCCUCGCUGAAGAAGUGCCUGCCGCCGAUCUUUCCGACCAAGUCCCUGAUACGGAGAGUGAGACAAAGAUUUGCCUUGAAGGUACUCCGUGCUCUGAUGGUGGUGCUCCUGUCAAUUGCCCUGAUGGUACUGGCGAUACUACUAGUUGCUCUGCUGCUGCUGCUGCCUCUGCCGCUUCUUGUUCUGGUGGUGGUUCUCCUGGAUCUACUGGUGAUACUUGUACUCGUGCAGAUAAAGGUCUACCUUCUGGAUCUGCUGGUAGUGGUGGUGGGGGUUCAUCAACACAACCACACCCUGAUCCAGCAGGAAAAGAACGUGAAGGUCAACCUCCUGCUGGUGAAGUAGGUGUUAGUGGUCCACCUGAACAGGAACCUACGGACCGGCGAAGUGGAAAAGAACCUGCUGCAGCUCCUGAUACUGCUAGGAGUCCUCAGGCAACUGCAAAUGAACCUGACACUGGAAUCAGCGGCAACAGUGAAGGCAGUGAAAGUGCAACAUCACAAGCUCCGCCUUCCUCCACUACUUCAGAAACAGCGAGUAACGGUGGUUCUAAUGCUUCUGCGACUGAGACUGAUACAACAUCUGCAGAGAGUGAAUCAACAAGGAACCAAAAUGAAGAAGGAGCAGGAAAUACAGAAACGACCACCACCACAACCACAACAACAACAACAACACUUCCUCCUGAACUCACAAACAACAAGAAGGGUGAUGCAGACAGCAGCAGCAGUAUCAGCAGUUCUGUGUGGGUGCAUGUACCACUACUAAUUGUGGUUACACUGGCCUGUAUUCUUGUGUGCUGA